ACUGAUAAGUCCCUACUCCGGAACUGUUGCUGCUUCGCGUUUGUGAAAGCAAUAAAAUUACGAUUUACGAUGACUGUUUACUGUUUAGUGCGUUUUGUAUUACCUGUUUUGUGUGUUGGGUAGAUCCACGGUUUGAUUACGAAAGCAACAAUACUCGUAAACUCGUUUUGGUAUCUUAUAGUCAAUAGUUGGUAGGUAGUGGUAUCUUGCUACGCUACGACGCCGUAGUCGUUUUUACUUUCUCAUACCAUUGCGUGAAAUCGUAGACUUUUUUUUUACUUACAAAUUUAUGUAUGUGUUUAUAUAUUCCGUUCUUUUUUCGUAACAAUUUAGUAAACAGUAUUUACCUAUCAAUGAAUUAUAAUUGUGUCAGUAUUAUUAACUAAUAGUGUUUGCUUACCAAUAUUAUCAUAACAUACCUACUCGUCUACGCUCUUUUACUACGUACGGACAACAAUCAUUGAAUUAUUGGUCUAUGUUAUUGAAAAGAACUAGUCACCAAGACGGAACUUGGAUGAUAGUAACGUUCGAACAAGACAUUUAAUCAUAAAUUCAAUAAUUAUUAUUGUUUGUUAGUAAAUGUGGUCCAUAGUUAUUGAUAUUAACAACGAAAACUCUCUACUAAGACAUGAUCGGCGAAUUUUACUAUUUUAACAAUAUCAAUGGUGUAAUAUAACAAACAAUACCUACCCAAUCAAUAUAAUUUUAAAAAAUGUAGUACCUACCGAUAUUCCAAAUGAUAACUUGUUUACAUGUUACGUUUGCUUUUGCUCAAUACAUUACGCCAAGAAUAAUUUAUUUUCAUCGCUGUAAUAUAAAUUAUUAAUUAUAUUGCUCAUUUACUACUAUUAGUUUACAUGUACCAGACAAUCAACUAAAAAUGUGGAUAAUAUUACUUUUAUUCUUUUCCAUAAAAAGUGGUGUAAGUGUAUACAUUUAUAUUGUUUAUUUAUUUAUUACUAUGUUUAUUACCUUAAAUUUAAAAAAAAAAAAACAUCUUAUGUAUUACUAUAGAGAAGUGCUGAUUUAGCCAUACAACUACCUGCCUCAAAUUCUUUACCAUCUUCAUUGCAACAAGCAUAUUAUAGACUAGAUUACCAGCCUGCCCAUGGUCACCCUCCAGCAAAUACAACAAUUGCUGCUCAAGAUAUAGGUAAGUAUUGAAAUCCAUCAAUAUUGUUGUAUUAUUUUGAUUCAUGUUCAUAAUGUAUGUUUAUAUUAUUUUUAGGAGAUGUCAUACAUUUUUCUCAGGCUUUACCGGGGACACGUUAUGAUUUUUGGUUAUAUUAUAGUAAUUCAAGUACAGGAAGUAACUUAGUUAUAAAUAAUUCCCCACAGCAAGCACAAGGAAAUGCAAUAAUUUCACUUGGAAAUGGAGAAUCUCUUGUAAAUAGUGUUGUUACUAAUUCUGUACCUCCAGAGACACAAUGGCUUCUUACUUGGACAGCAUCAAUUAACACUGGUAUGUAAAAUAUUUUGGAAAUCAUAGAUAUUAAUUUAUUUUACUUGAAAAAUAACUGAUAUGUACAUGGUGUAGGGUUAGGAACAAACUACUUUUCUAACUUUAGUAACUUUUCACUAAAAGUUACUAUUUGUAUAACUAUUAAAGUAUCUUAAGUCACUUUUUAAAGUUAUUUCAUUUGGUCAUACAUAAAUAUAUUAGAUCUAGAAUUUUUUUUUUUUUGUUGUUGGAUUAUCUAUAAUUAGUUAUUAGGUAAAAUUGGUUUUACUGAAUUUGUAGUUUAAAAGAAAAAAAUCAAUAUAUAUAUUCAAAUAAUAUACAUGAUAAAAGAAAGGAAUAAAGAAGAAUUAAUAACAAUUCAAGAAAAGGCAGCUGAGAAUUGUUGAGUAAAAUAAAUUAGGGCAUAAUUAUAGUUCAAUUUGAACAACCUUUAUCAACAUCAGGGUUUUGUCAUGUAAAAAAAAUUGGCUUAACUUUGUUUGGAAGUUAUGAGAGUAAUAUUAAGGAAUUAUUGUUUAUGUACUGUAUUCGCACAUUUCUUAGAGUUUAAUAUUUUUUCCAAAAUGUGUGAUUUUAAUACUUAAUCCAUUGAUAUAAUCAAAAUUUACUAAUUAUUAUAAAUACUUGUAUAAUUUUUGUACCUAAAAAUAGAAAAAUAGCUUUUUGAAAUUAAAACAGAAUUGUCAAAAAAACACUUUUAAUUACUUAUUUUCCCCUGUUACCAACCACAUAAAGUUUUGCAUAAUAAAUCUGAGUUUAUAUAAGGUUUGUUUUCCUUAGUAUCCCAUCCGCACACAUGUAACUUCUAUGAUAAUUAAUCUAUUAAUUUCAAAAAAUUAAUAAAAACAUACUUUUCACUUAAAACACAAUAUUAGAUUCUUAUUAAGUAAUAUGUGUAAUGUAAAAACCAAACUUUUUCAAGUUUUUCAUCAUAACUUCCAAACAAAGUUUAGUUAGGUUCUAACAAAACUAGAAUCUUUGCUUGUGAUGUCCUACACAAUCCACCAAAAUAGGUGAUCCAUCAAAAAAUCCUGAAAUUGAAAAUAUAUACAAUUAUACACAUGUCAUUAUAUUAUUAACAUGUACAAAUGUGAUAAGAUAAAAUAAAUUUGAAAACUGAAAAUUAUGAAAACGAAGAACUAAUAGACAAUGAUGAAAUUUAACAACCAACAGAAGAAAAUAAAACUAAUCAACAAAAAUUAUGAUUCAUGAGUGCAAGGACAAUGGGUAUUUGGUCUAUGUUGGCACUGCAAUAACCUUUCAGAAAAUCGAUAUUUCACAGUUAAAAAAUGUGAUAGAUAAACACUUUUGCCAAUUAUUCAAAGUGAAGUUAAACUAGAUACAACAAUACUCAUUAAAUAGAUAUACAUCAAAUUAAAUAAACACAAGUUUACACAUAAAACAGUGACUCAUAACCAAAAUUUUAUUGAACCAAGUACUGGAGCACAUACUACAGUUUUUUUGGGGUGUCAUAUAAAAAAGAUAUGAUAUUAAAGGAAAUAGUGUUUCACCUUUAUUUUAAAGGCAGUUGAAAAAAAAGUGGUUGGGGCUUACUUCAUCCAUCCAUGGAUACAAUAUUAAAUUUGUUGAUUUCCUUACAGAUAUGAAACUAACAUAUUUUGUUUGGGUAUAACAGGACAAAUUUAUAAAAGAGUAACUAUGGUUCUUAGUUUGAAAAACUAGUUUAAGGAAAUAAAAAUAACAAUGUAAUGUAAUUAAUUGAUUAAUUUUACUAGUGAUUGUAAAAAUAAAUAUAAACUAAUAUAAUAUAAAUAAAUAUGGCAAUUCAAUACUAUUUUCGAGUAGAUCACAUUCUAUUUAAAAAUGAGUUUGGUAGGUAGGAAAUCACAACUGUACUUUUUCCAAAUUAGACAAUUUUUAUAAGUAAUUAAAAUUAAAAAGGAAUAGUGGACAUUUAUUAUAUAGAAAAUAACAAAAAUAAUUGAUUAAAACAAAUAAAAGAUUCAAAAAGGUAAUUAAAAAAAACGUUGAAGAAGUUGACUUAGCUUAUUAUUUGUUAUCAGUAGUUCUAUCUUUCACAAAGUUAGAGAGAGAAAUCUGAGAAAACAAAAAAAUAGAUCCUAUUUAGAAUAGAUAAAAUAGAUUCUAAUAGAUUUGAUCUGAAGAGUACCGAAAAAUUGAGAAAAAACACAUGUAAACAUUUUUUCUGUUAUAUUUCAAUGUGAUUGUUAUGAGUUUCAAACAUAAUUUAAUACUGUUUACUUCAUUUCAAAGUUCAACAUUUAACUUAAUCCAAACUUCAAUCUGAGUGAUUUAAGAUUAAUUUUAAGUUAUUUGACAUUUCCUAUAGUAGUAUUGGUUAAAAUAAUUUUGAAGUCUGUGAAUAAAAUUAAAUGUCUGUCAAAAUAAUCAUUUUAAAAAUCGUAUAAUUUUUUAUAUUAUUACUUUAAAGUUUAUUUAUUAGAGGCAUAUUGCCUAAUAAGUAAUAACAAUUUUAAUUAUUGACAAAAAGUACAAGAUUGGCUGAAUAACUAAUUUAAAAAAAAAUGAAUUUACCAAUUGUAUUACCCAUAAUUAUUAACCAUUACAUUGAUUAUCUUACAUUUUUUUUUUCUUAUUUCAUUAGUAAACCAAUACCAAUUUUCUUUUUCUAUAGGUCAUAACAUUUAAUUACUAUUUUCAGAUUAAUAUCACUUUACACUAGUUUUUUAUACCUUGACUUUUCCUACCUUUGAUUGUGUUAAAAUUUGUUAUACAUUUAGUAUCUAAUUACUUAUUGUUUCAUUUUUAAAUUUUGUUUGCAAUUUUAUAGCUCCUGACCCUCCCACUAAUUUAACAGUGACAGUUAAAGGCGGCAAGACUGCGCAUGUUCAGUGGUCACCUCCAGUAUUGGGAAACUACAAUGGAUUUAAGCUCAAAGUAAAUAUUUUUCUUAAAUACAUUAUUCAAUAUUAUCUAUAAAGAAUUAUUAACACAAUUUUACUAUCAUUAACUAAUUGUACUAAAUAUAUAUGUAUACAGGGUGUAUCAGAAAAGACUGACCAACUCUAUGGAUUGUGACUCUAUAUGUGGCUAUAAGAAUUGGUUUUUUGGAAUUUUGUUUUCUUAUCAAAACUUUGGUUUUACCCGUUUUAUUUGUAAAAUACCCAUACAAAAUAAAAAUAAACCAUUACAGAGAAUUUAUCGCAAAAUUCUCUUAUGAAAUAAGGGGUCACUCGAUUUUUUCCAAAAAUAAUCAUUAUUUUCGCUAUAUUUGGCUUAUCAUGUCCCAAAAUCGUAAUUUUUGUGUGACACAUGAUAUAUGGUAUGUAAAUUUGUAAAUUCAAUGGAAUAAAUUAUUUUUUAUUGAAGCGUCAAAUUAAUGAUCCUAUCCGUAAAAUAUGACUCAUUUGACUGUAAAUUUAAUAUUAAAACUUUAUUAUUAUUUGGAUAAUUAAAAAAAAAACAUACCUGUUUCUCUUAAUUUAAGAAAAACAUCGGUUAAGGUUUUUCGAUUAAGUUGCUGACGGUUUGGAAACCGAUCAGUCCAUAAUCUAACUGCCUUAGCACCAAUACCAUUAGCAGUACCUCAUAAUUAGAUGUACGUAUUCAGAAUAACAUAACAUUUUUUAUUACAAGAAAAACCUUACCUAAAAUAAAAAAAUAUCAGUGUAUUCAAUAAAUGUUUACACCAUUAUUAAUUAAUAAUAAUAAUAAUAGCAUUAAUUAAUAUUAAAUACAAAAUUUGAAAAAAAAAAAUAUUAAAUUCGCCAGUAACUUACUACACUGUGUUGAAUGUGGUGUCACAAGCUUACAUACCGUAGUCAAUACAAUAGAAAUAACAAUGAUAAAGUUACUACUUUAUACGGGUAAAACCAAAGUUUUGAUGAGAAAACAAAAAUUCCAAAAAACCAAUUCUUAUAGCCACAUAUAGAGCCACAAUCCCCGUAUAGUUGGCCAGUCUUUUCAGAUACACCUUGUAUAUACUAUAUUGUAUAUAUAUGUAUAUUUAUGUAUAAUUUUAAAAUGUAUAUAUUUCUUGGUAUUUAUUAAAAUAUAUAAGUGUAUGAUUAUUUUUUUGUUUUUGUUAAAAACUUCUAUUUUACAUGACCAUUGUAUUUUAGGUGAUCAAUCUGUCUCCAUCUACUACAACUAGUAUUGUAUCACAACAAGAGCAAUUUGUAAAAAUUGUAGAUGCUAGUGUUCCACAAUCUAUUUCACCUCAAACAGAUUCUUUUAGAGAAUCACAACAAUAUGUUUUGAAAGAUUUAACACCAGGUGCUACUUAUCAAUUGCAAUUGUUCACAAUUUAUGAUCAUAAAGAGAGUGUAGCUUAUAUAUCCAAAAAUUUUACAACAAGUAAGUAUAUCAUUACUGACAGCUCUUUUAUUUUUAUUUUUUUACACUUUUUUAAUAAUUUCUAAUGUUUAUUUGUGUGUAGAACCUAGCACACCAGGGAAAUUUAUAGUUUGGUUUAGAAAUGAAACAACAUUGUUGGUCCUUUGGCAACCAAGUUAUCCAGCCAGUGUAUUCACUCACUAUAAGGUGGUUUAAUUCAUUUGUAUUAUGUAAUUUGUUGAAAAGUUGUAUACAGAUAGACAAAAAACGUAUAUUAGUAAACUAAUUAUUUUCUUGCUCACUUAGAUGCUAAUACAUUCUGAGUGAAGCUAUGAAUACUAAUACGAUCUUCAUGUUAAUAAUUAAUUUAUAUUUAUUCAAUUUAUACUAAAUAAAAAUUAUUUAUUUAAUGAAUGUUAUUGUUUUAUUAACAAUUAUUACAUUUUUUUUUUUUUUUUUAAUGCAUCAUAUUGAAUAAUUACUAUUUAUCCAAUAAAAUCUAAUUAAUUCAUAGUUUUAAAAAAUGUAAUUCAAAUGUAUAUAUUGACUAAGAUAAUAUAUUUGUUAAAUUUGUAUAUAUUAUAUAUUUUGAACACAAUGACUUAUAAAAUACAAUUACAAUUAAAAAUGUAUGUUCUAAUAAAUUAAUAUUUCAUAGGUAAGUGUAGAACCUCAAGAUUCACCAGAAUCAAUUGUAUAUGUUGAACGGGAAGGUGAACCUCCAGGUCCAGCUCAAGCUGCAUUUAAAGGACUUGUACCUGGACGUGCAUAUAACAUAAGUGUUCAUACAGUGAGUGAAGAUGAAACUUCUACACCAACAACUGCUCAAUAUCGUACAAUUCCUUUAAAACCUUUGAAUGUAAUGGUGGACACUCGGUACAUAAAUUCAUAUGGUCUACGCGUACAAUGGGAACCGCCCAAAGGAUUAUGGUAACUUAAUUUGCUUUAUUCUCAUAUAUUUUGGGUGAAUAGUAUUGAAUUGUUGCUAAAAUCAUUAUUAAUCUUGAAUAAUUUUUUUUUAAAUUAUUUAUUCUACUUUAUUUUAUUGAAAUUUAAAAAAUAAAAUUUAAUUUGUAAUUUUCUAGAUCUUUUUAUAUCUGCAAAUAUGAAGUAAUAUUUUGCAAAAUCAUCAAUUUUUAUUUUAUUGAUAAUGUUUUCAAGAUGUUCAAAUUUAUUUUCACCUAAUAAUGAUUAGUUUUUAGAUAUUUAAGAAAUUCUAAUUAUUGUUUUUUUUGAAAUUGUUAAACAUAUUGUUUUUUAUGUAUGUGGUAUUUCUAGGGAUCGGUAAAUAUUUUAGCUUAUACAUAUAUUAAGCUAAAUGAAUGUCCAACAGUGAAAUAUUUUUGUUAUCUAGUAGUAUUUUUUACAAGCUUAUUGAAAUAGCAUAGAUUUCAUGGUUUUAUCCUAGAUAAAUUUUUUGACAUUCAUGUUCAAAAUUUUGAUUUAGGGUUCUCAAUAAAUUGUUUUAAUGGUGGUAAAAAAAAUUGGAAAUCUGUAGUCAAAGUUUGUUUUUAUAAAUGGUAGAAUUUUAUAAUGCCAUCUAGUAAGUUUAAUAGAGUAUCCUUAACAAAAUGCCGGAAAAAAUUGGUUUUCUCCCAGAUUCUCCAAAAUAAGAUAAUUAAAAAAUAAUUUACUUCUGAAAAAAUAUAUUUUUACUAAAAAUUAAAAAUUAAAUUAUUUUGGGAAAACUAAAAAAAAAUAAUUAGAAUAAAAUAAUUUUAACAUGAAAAAAAAAACACUAAUAGAAACAAAUGGUUAUACCUAUCAUUUAAUAGUUUAUUUAGGAUUUCUUCAAAGAGGGAUGAAUUGAAUUUUAAAAUUGUGUUAUGUUGUGUAAGGUGUAUCUAAGUUACAAAAAAUAUCAAUUUUAUAUUAUAUAUUUUGUAAGUAAUUUACUAAUUCAAAAAUUUCCUACCAGAAAUCUUUUUCCAUUUAUCAAAUACAGUAUAUUUUUUCAAAUCAUAAUUUGUUUAGUUCAUAGCAUUUAUUUUUCGUUUAUACAUUUUUUAUAAUUGGGAAAAAGCCAGGAAAAAAAAUUAGGAAAAAACGAAAAAUUUAUGAAAAUAAUGGUUUUAUUUUUAAUUUUGAUUUUUUGUUGUAAUUCAGUUAAAAAUGUUUAUAAAAAUUUGAAGUUUGAACCAUUAUAUUUUCCUUCUUUAUAUUUGGUAAAAUUAUUAAAACAUUUGAGCCAUUUUUGAGCUAUUAAUAGACAUUUUACAUUUUUCGAGUUUUUUUCACAUGAUAUUUAUUUAGUAAGUACUUUAUAAAUAAAAUCGUUAGACCAAACCAAAAUGCUUGAAAAAUUAACUGAAUUUUCAUUAUGAGUUGUACUUUGUGGUCAACAAAAAAGUUGAGUUUAAUCUAGUAUUUUUAUUUUUAUAAGGAUUUUGUUAACAAAUGUUGAUGAAAAUCAUAAAUAUUAUGGGCUUCAGAAAUAUGUUAUAACAGAAUUAAGCUCAGAAUCGUUUUUCUUUAGCAAUGACUAAUCGUCAUAAAAUACAAAAAUACAUUAAAUUCCUCUCUAUAUUCUACCUUCUCAACUUCUCACCUACACAGUGUCCCAGCCCAUGUCAAGUAUGUCUGUGAUUUUUAAUGCAUAUUUUAAGUUAAAAUUUUAAUGAGUCACAAAUAUCAUGGAAUUUUCUAACAUGUUUAACAAAUUUUAGUCAGUAUUUGUUUUUGUUAUACUUUUUUUCACAAAUUAAGGAAUCUCUUUCAAUGUUAAUUUGAUAGUUUAGUGAAUAUCUGGAUAAAUAAAAUGUCAAUGUUCGUGCAGCCAACAGCCCAUUACACUACUAACUGGAAUAUUUGAAUGGAGACAAUAGUACCUUGAGACAUUAAAUGUCAUCAUUGUUCCUUGAACCAUUGUAUAAUCAAUAAUUUAUUGUUACUGUACAGAUAUAAAUUAAAUUAUUCUACAUAUCAGUGGUAUAUUCCUCACUAAUAUCAGCUCUUUUUGUAUUUUAACUUGGUUUGAUGAACAUAUCAUUGGUAGAUGAAGCCAAAUUCUGAAAUUAAAGCAGUUCUUCAAAGUAGUUUGAAUAAUCAAAUAAUUAUAUAAUAGUUAUAUAAAUAAAUAAAUAAAUAAAUGGAUGCGUGCCCGGAAUAUUAUAUGUGUAUUGUAAGACUGGUUUUGAAUUAAAAAUUCAUCAGCUGGUAAAAUGAUAAAAUCAAAAAUUAAAACGCAAAUAAUAAAAUAAUAAUGUAACCAAAACUAACAUAAGCUUAUCACAACAUAACAACAAAACAUGGAAUCAUUGUUACUAGGGUGUUUAAGAAGUUUUUUAAUCAGAUGUUCUUCUUCUCAUAAUAUUUUGUACCUUAGAGUUCAAUAAUGUUCCCCAAUUUUUUUUAGAUCUGUUUGGAAAAAAGUACAGGUUUUGUUUUAUUUUCUAUGUGUAAAUAAUAAUUCUUUAGGAGAAAUCAUCAGAUCAAAAAUAAAAGAACAAAUAAAAAAACAAAUUUACUAAUAUUUUUUUCAAAUUAAAUAAUCUAAAUUUUUCCCCUCCUUUAGACAUUUAAAAGUAAAUUUUUGGAUAAUUUUGAUAAAUCAACCCUUUUAACCACCCUUCUUAAAUAUAUUUUUAACUUAUUCAUCAUUUAGUUACCAAGAGAAUGGUUAUACUUUUAUAGUGAGUUACACUUGAUAGUUACACUUUAAAUAAAAUUAUUUUUACAAUUAUUAUGGAAGAGUAUAAUAUGUAGAUUGUAGGUACAUAUAUAAGUAUACAUAGCUGAGUUAAUACAAAAUGAAAAUAAAUAAUUAAAUACAUAUAAAAUAAUAAUUAUAAUUAAGAACUAUAAAAAAAAACUAACAAUUAUUAUAGAAUAAAUAUGAAGAAAAAAUAAAGGUGUAAUAUUGAAAAAUUCAGAAUUUUUUUUUCUUUUCAAUGCAGAUCAGAAAAAUUAAAUUGUAUAUAGAAAAUCUUUUUUUCUGUCACAUGUUGGCAAAAGAAAUUAUACAUAAUGGCAAUUUUAAUGGUAAAUUGACCAUUACCAUUAUCUUUUUCAUUACAAUUUUCUACUAGUCAAUAAGUUAAUUUACUUUUAUUAACUCAUCAUUAAUAUUAAUUUUUUAAUUUGUGGAAGAACAAAAACAUCAGAAUUAAUAUUUAUCAUGAACCUCACAAUUAUUAUUCAAACAUAAAACAGGUUCUAAAUAUCCCUACACUUAAAUUUCACUGCAAUAAAGCUAACUUAGAUUUUAGAUUCUGACUGGAGCAAAGAAGUUUAUGGUUUUAUAAAGAUGUUUAAUUUUUUUUCUGUGGACUAAUUUUCUACUAGAAAUUUUGCUCUGAUUUUUAAGUGUAGCACCUUUUCUGAAAGGAAAUCUGACUGGGGUGGUACUUGAAGGAGGUCAUUUUUUGAUAUUCCCAAGAGGUUUCCCAAUAAAUCGAAGAAGCAGGAAAAUCGGUACAUUAAACAAAUAUUAUUGAAAAAUAUCUAUAAUGCCUAUUUAAUUAUUUUACCAUAAUAUGACAUAUAUAUUGUUGCUUAUAGGUGUACAUUAAAUUACCAGAACUGGACAGCUUUUUUAUUUUCAAUUCUAAAUGGGAUUCUCUUGCUGCUAUGCCUUUUAGAUUUCCUUCUCAUUCUUUAAGAAACUAUCACAAUUCUAUAUACCAAUACAUAAGAUCUCUUAUGGGCACAACCAUACUUUGUAUCAUAUGCUCAGAGCUGUAAAUAAUAAUAAUUAAUCCUUGAGCCACAUUACUACUUUAUCUAGUCAUCUGUUAACUAUAUAAUGUAUAUUUUUAAACCAUAAUUGCUAUUUUAAUUUAACUUGUUUAAUAACUUUGAAUAUGUAUGCUAGCCUAUUGUUACAAGUACUAGUACUUAUAACUCAUAAUUAAUAAUCAUACUGUUUGUCUAAAAUUGCCUGUUGAUGUUAAUACAUAAAUAAUAAUAUUACUAUUUAGAUGAAAACAAAUAUCAAUUCCUACAAUUAAUGGAUUUAGUUUUCCAAAAUUAGUAUUACAUUUAUAUUGUAUUGGAUUGAUAUUUUUAUUAUGCCUCGAGUAUAGCUAUGAAGACAAUGAUCAAAUAUAUAUUUAAAUUGAAAAGAAGUUGUAAACACUUUUUAUAAGUUUAAUUGAGUUUUUGAACAUUAAUGGUAAUAUUAUUACAUGUGGACUUUAUAAAAUAUAGGUUAUUAAUUUCUGCAUUUGAUUUUUAUAAAUAAUAAUGUGACAACUAUAGGUACAAUGCCAGAAUUUAUUGCGAAACAUUAAUGUAGAUUAUACAAAGGAUAUACAUAAGUUCACCCUAAUAGGUACCUCUAAAUAUUUCAGUUGUAUUACCUAGUAUUGAAAUGGAGUUUUUGGGGAAUAAUACGAAAUACUGAAGUACACAUUUUCAGACAUGUUUCAAAUAUUUUGGCCUGCGCAUGUGUAAUGCUACUUACUUUUUUUUUUAAUGGCAACACCAUGUUUUUCUACAAAUUCAGAUAGAUUAUAUUUUUUCAAAACAAUUAUUGUAUAAAAAGUUUUUUUAUAAUUACUAUAUUGGCUAAGUAUGUUAAAAUUUAUUUAAUAUUUAAUCUGUUAUUGACGGCAUUUUAAUUACAUUCAACUUAUACUCGAAAUUAGAAAUGAUAUCUCCGAUAUUGUGAAAUAUCUGUUUAUAGACAGAUAAGACACUUAUUUGUUUUUGUAAUUUACUCUUAUUUUUGCCAUUCAUAUAUCCAAAAUAAAUUAGCUAAAUAAUUGAAGGUAAUGGAAAUUAUUAAAAUGUAUUAUUUAUUUGCAACUAUAAUUGUAUGGAAUAAAUUAUUUAAGGUUUCUGCCUUGAUGUUCCAAACAUGAUUCUAAAAAGUUUAAAAAUGUUUUUGAUGUGCAGUGUUCAUUUGGUCUUCUUUCAAAUAAUUAUAUGCUACUCAUAUUUUGUUUUUUAAAUGCCCCUAAAAAAAGAAAUAGUAUUCAUUUGUCUUAUUUGUCUACAAACAGGAAAUUUCACAAUAUCAAAGAUAUUUUGAUUUUUUAGUAGAAGUUGAACAUAGUUAAACAUUUUGUCAAAACUAGAUUAUUUGUGAAUAUUAAAUUUCAAUAUACUAUGACUUUUCCAAUUUUGUAAUUAGAAAAAACUUUUUGUACAACUGUUUUGAAAAAAUCCUGUAUCAUAAUCUGUAAAAAAAUGGCAUUGCCAUUUAAAAAAAAAUAAAUUGUAUUGCGCUUGCAUGGAUCAAAAGGAUAACAAAUUUGAAAUUUGUCUGAUAAUGUGUAUUUUGUUAUUCCCUAACAUUCUUGAAAACUUCAUUUCACUGCUAGGUCAUACAACUGAAAUAUUUAGUGGUACCUUUUAGUGUUAAUGCACUGUAUACAGGAUGAUUCACUCAACUGGAAAUACUCAUUAUUUCGAAAUUUUUUUUUUGAAAACUUAAAAAACAAAUAAUUCUAAAAUAUUAUGUUAUUAUUUUUUGGGGGAAUGAAACGACUACCCACUAAUGAUUUUCAAAUAGUAACCUAUUUUGAAAAUACCUUAAAUAGAUUGAGUAUUAUUUAAAAUGAAUUUUGGUGUUGGAAUUUUUGAUUUCCGUUUACCCGUUGGAGAUAUUUCACUUUUAAGUUUUGGGCGGGGGGAUAGUAGUGGUGUAUUCUACUCGAAUUUCGUUACACCGGAAGUUUCAAGAGAUAACAGUGUAUAAUAUAAUCUUAAAAUUAGUAGAUUGUGAUGAUAACACAUUACCUAUUGAUACACCGAAACUAUAAUUUAUCAAAUCUUUAAGACUACGGUUGCAUAUGGUUGUAAACAUGGUUAUAGAACUAUAUCCGCGGUACUUUAAUAUUCUAUCUACGGCACAAUAAAUGAAUUGUACAUAUCUGUCAUCUAUGGUCUGUUCUAAUAUUGUGACCUUAGUGGCGUAGUUAAUUAUUAACCAUUAUCGUGACAUUAUCCUUUUGUUUACAUUAUAUUGUUUUACACAGUUAUUUUAUGGUAUAUAUUUAAAAUAUGUCUUAAGUACCUACAUACAGCAACUAAUUUCAGCCAAUAGCUCAGGACAGUCAAUGGGGUUGUUUAAAAUAUUGUUUACUAACAUCAUCUCUUAAUUUAUGUUUUGCACUUGUGUAGAGUUAGAAGUUUUCAACAAUUUUAACAGUAUCUAUAGUUAUGUAUAUUAAAUCUAAUUAAAUUUAAUUAAAAAGUUAUGUAUAUCUAAAUAUAUGUCUGAGUCCUAAGCAAUUCUCUUCAGAAAUUUAUAUUGGACAUUAUGAAGAUCAUUUAUAUAUUUUAAAUAAUUACAAGACCAGAUAAGUGAACUAAAUACGAGGUUAGAUAAUGACAUAUAUGGUGUUUUUAAACAAACAGGGUUUUUUUUAACUCUUUUGUAUUUCUAUUGAUGAAACCUAGCAUUUUAUAGGAUUUGUAUAUUAUCAUUAUAUGGUUUAAUUUGAAUGAUAAAUCAUUUUCAAAGUUUACACCCAAGUCUUUAAUCAAAUUUACUCUAUCAAGAGAAUAGUUAUUAAUUUGAUACAAAAUACUAUUAAAACAUUUUUAUUUAAAAGAGAUUACUUGGCAUUUUUUAAUAUUCAGAGGAAGACGAUUUUAUUGACUCAAUUAAAAAAAAAAAAUAGGUAGUAAUACAAUACUAAAUAAGUACAUUAGUAAAUUGUAGAAUGGAAACUAAAUGUUGUAGCUACAUUUGAUAUUAAAUAAAUACAAACAAAUUAAAAUAAGUCAUAAUACACGAACUAUAUAGGUACAUAUACUACAGAUAUUUAUAUAUAUAAAUAUUUAAUUAUAACACUUGACAUAAUAAAGUUUUGGGAUAAACCCUAGCAAUAAUGAUAUAUAAUAAAAAAAUAAAUAAACAUAGUAAAAUCAAUACAUUAGUUAUGCUCAAAAUCUAAAAUAUAUAGGGUGUACCAGAAAAGAUUGGUCAACUUUACAGUUUGUUACUCUAUAUGUGGCUAUAAGAAUAGGUUUCUUGGAAUAUUUUUUUUACUGUCAAAACUUUGGUUUUACAUGGUUUAUUUAUAAACUACCAAUAUAAAAUAAAAAUAAACUAUACCAGAGAAUUUCUUUCAAAAUUAUCUUACAAAAAAAGGGAUCACUCCCUUGUUUUGCAAAAAUAAUCAUUAUCACCACUAUUUUUGUCUUAUUAUGUCUAAAAUCCUAAUUUUGGUGUGACACAUGUAUUUGUAUGUAAAUUUGUCAGGGGUUUCAAUAAAUUAAAUUAUUUUUUAUUGAAGCGCAAAUUUAAUGAUGUUAUCAGACAAAUUAGACUGUAAAAAACAUUGAAGUAAUAAUUUAUUUAUUGUUGAAUACUAAUUAAUAAUAAAAUUAAUUCAAUAAAAAUAACUGAAUUUAUAUAUUUUUUAUGUUUUUUUACAGUCAAAUUUGAUGUAUUUUUUUUCAUAGUUUACAAAUAAAACAUACAAAACCAAAAUUUUGACAAUAAAAAAAAAUUUCAAAAAACCUAUUCUUUUAGCUAGCUACAUAUAGAGUAACAAACCGUAGAGUUCACAAGUCUUUUCUGGUACACCCUGUAUAUCUUACAAGAUUUCAAUGUCAAAAGAGCCCAGUUUUUUAUGUAAUACAUUGCUUUUAUACAGUUAAUAAAUUUAUUUUUUUUUUAUUAUUAUAAUUAAAUUAAUUAAAUUAUAUAUAUAUAUAUAUAUUAUAUGUUUUUCUUAGUCGAGUAAAAAUUACCAUGCUAUUUUUUUAGUUAGUUACAAUAUUGUUUACACAUUAAUAAUAAAUUUUAAAAAAAAAUAUCUAAAUUUUGCUCAGUUAUACAAUCAUAAAUUUAUAAUUUGGUAAUAUAUUAAUGACAUUUUAAUUCAUAAUAAACGCAUAAUAAAAAUAUUUGUAUGUACAAACAUACAUUCAUAUAAUACAUUUUUUAUGCAUGUGUAAAUGUGGUAUUCCUAUGUGUAUUCUUCAAUAAUUUUGUAUAAAAACCCGAGCCCCCUGUUUUUAUCAUUAGUGUGCACAGACUUUGAGUUCAGGUUUUGCCAAAAAAUAUUAAUUUAUUAGGUGAAUACACCCCUUCCUUCCAAUCAAUUUUAUUAGUUUUCAUAAUUAUAUCAACUAAUUACCUAAUUAAAUAUCAUACACUCCAAAAAAUUAAAAUUAAAAGUUUCUUUGUAAUCUUCAAUCAAUAAUUACCAUAGUCUAUAAAUAAAUAACUUGGAUAAUUACAAUCAAGCCAGUAUAAUAUUUGGUAACACAAUUGUAAAAAAUAAGAAGGAAAUUGUCAGUGAAGUCGAAAUGUAUCAACUAAAUUUUAAAUUAUGGAAAAAAAAAGUAAUCACAAUUUUAAAAUUCAUAAAACAUGUACUUACUGUUGUCAUAUGUCAACAUAAUAGCAAAAAAAAAUUUGUGUAUGCAAUUUUCUGGUAGUGCUCAGGCAUGCUCUGUGCGUACAUCUAUGGUUUUUUUUAUUAAUAUUCCUAUGAGCACUUGAAAUUUUACUAUCAUUUUAGUUCAGGACUAUGAAACACCUAUUUCAAAUUUAAUGAUACAGGUUUAAUCGAAAUUGUCAGUCUGUUGUUAUGAAAAAUAUGAGUAAAGAUUGAAUUGUAUUGAAAAAAUUUAAACUUUAAACAAUAGUAAAAUUAAAAAUUGAUAAUAAUAUUACAUUAAUUACUUUAAUAGUACAGUAGAAACUCAAUUAACUAGCACUCUCUGUUAUCUGUCAUCGGUUACCAUCUUACUUCUUCAUAAUAUAUGAAACAUUGCUGCACAAAAAGCUUGUGCCUCAUAAAAACAGAAGAAGAUGAUGAAUUAUUUUGUUUAGUAUUUUUUAGUAUGGUAUUAUUUUUGUUAUUAUGUAUUAUUAUUAUUAUUAUUAUUGUUUGCAAAUACACGUAAAAUAUAUACAUUUAUUGAAAAAUUUCUGUUAAAUGUCAUAGUUCCUGUCCCAUGACUGAUGUUUAAUUGAGUUUCUACUGUAAGUGUUAUUUAAUAAUAAAAAGGUUACACCAAUCAUUUAUAGAAGGAUCAUCAGUAUUAGGCAUUAUAGGUAUUAUGUAAUACAAUAGGUAGGUAUAAUUUUAAGUAAAAAUAUGUAGCAAGUAGCAUAUAGUUUACAUGAGUACUAUUAAUUAAAAAUAAUAUUAGUUAAACAUUAAUAUGGUAAUAUUAAUAACUACAGUUAUAUGUUUAUUCAUUUUUGUUAGUUGUUUUUUUUAUUAAAUUUGUUGAUAUCAAUCUAUUUUUUAAGUUUAAAUGAUUAAUGUUGUAACCUUAUUCAACUUAACUAGAAAAAAACAUUUAAAAAUAAAACACGUACAUUGGUAUGUAGUUUUAAUAAUAGUUUCCCCCUUGUAGUUGGUUGAACUUGAUUUUUGUCAUAGCUUCUUUGAAAUUAAUUUGACCAUUUAAAAAUAAACAAUUAAAAAGAAUUAAAAAUAAUUAUACUCACCAAAUUAAUUUUUUUCUAGUAAAAUAUUAAAAUACAGUACUUUUAUUUUGACUUGUUCCAAAUUGCAAAUUGAACUUCAAAAUAAUCUUAUUAAUCAACCUAGCAUUCUAGCUAUUAUAGCGUUGAAAUUUGACUACACAGUUUAAUCCUUAUUUUAUGGUUUUCCUUGAAGAUAGCAAACUAGCAUAAAAUGUUUAAAUGUAUCCAACUAAGUUCUAAUUAUCUAGUUAAAGAUAUUUUUAGUUAAUUUAGAUUAUCUUAGACACUAAAAAAUAUGGCUGGUACAGUUCUAUGGUGUAACUGGAUUGUAAAUCAAGUUUGGUAGUUGUUAUCAAAAUAUGAAUAAUAUUGAUAGGUAUAACAAGUCAGUAAUGCAUAUUCGGUAUUGCAUAUACAUUGAAACAAAAUUUAUUGAUUCACCUGAUAUCAAAAAAUUAAAAUUUGUAUAGGCAUACAAUAAUAAUAAUAUGUAUUUUAAUAUAGUUUGUACAGCUACCUAGCUUAAACAUAGGAAUUAAUUGUACAUUGUCUUUAGCAAGUAUCCAACUCACAUGUGCAAUAAUAAUUAAGAUUACUUAUAUGUUUUAUAAAUUAUUAAAUUAAAUUCAAGAUCAUUAAAAAAAAACCAGUUAUGGCAUAAUUAUUGUAUUAUAAUUUUAAUUGUUAAAGCAAUUUUACCAAAAUAGACACUGUAUUACUGAAAAAAAAUAAAUAUUUUCAAUGGUCGGUAAUGUAUUAUCAUCACAAGUCUCACUGUGGUUUUACCAAAUCGGUAACAUAUAUUAUAAAUAUUUUUUAAUAAUCGUGAAUCGGCCUUACCGUCUGUAUGUAGUAGUUGUAGCGAGCCCAAGGCCUAUGUGAUUGUGCUCGUACGAUUUAUUUAAUGACGGACCUUCGCCGACGUCUGCUGGUGAAAGGAUUUGGAGAUAGAUAGUAGACACGGUUAGAAGUUAAUACAAUUAAAACUUUAUUUGGUACAACUCAUAUAAUUUAGAAAAUAUCACCUAAAAAUCACAUAAAAAAUGGACCAGAGGUUCGUCCGCAAGGGCAUGAACGUGGACCGACUUAACAUGAGGCGGUAGUGAUGAUCUAAGAUCCAUUACCGCUCUGCCUUUUGGUGUACACUAGGACCCAUAUAUUUAAUAAAUAAGGAAAAGAAUAAGUAAAAAGAAGAUGGUUGGCGCGUGUCGAGGUCCUUUGCGACUAUCGGAUAGUAUAUUAUUAAUGUAGGUAUCGUUCCCGACGUGCUUGUAAUACUAUAUUGAAUGGGUUAUUUACAUAGUGAUUAUCAGUUAUACCCUUUAUUUCUUGAGAGCUUUUACAAUUUUAUCACUUGAAUAUUCCGGUGUAAUACAUAAAACUGUCGGUGUAACGAAAUUCGAGUGGAAUACACCACUACUAUCCCCCCGCCCAUUACUUAAAACUAGAAUACCUUGUUAACGGGUUGACAGAAAUCGAAAAUUUCAACACCAACAUUUAUUUUAAAUAAUACUUCAUCUAUUUAAGGCAUUUUCAAAAAAGGUUGCCAUUUGAAAAUCAAAAGUAGAUAAGUUGUUUCACCCCCUAAAAUAAGGGGUCCAAUAAAAUGAUUACGUAAUAUUUUAGAACUAUUUGUUUAUAAGUUUUAAAAAAAAAAAAAUUCGAAAAAGUUAAUACUUUCCGAGAUAAUGAGUGUUUACAGUGAAUCACUCUGUAUAUAUUAUACGUUUGAGUUGUAUAUUACAAACAUAUUUAACAGUUUAGUUUUAGUAUUCAGUUUCAUAUGUCUAAAAAAAUCUUAACUCAAUAAUUUUAGUUUUGGUUAGGUUUUCUUUUCAAUUUAAACAUUAUAUAAUAAUGUAUUAUAUGCUAUUUAAGUAUUGGCAUUGAUUUUAUAAUAACUUUUUUUAUAAAAUUAAUGUUAUUAGUUAUAAUUUUAUAAAUAUGAAUCUCUUAGAUUUGUUUAUUUUACUUCAGGAUUUAAAAAUAAUUACCCUAUAAUAUCCUAUCUUUCCAACUACUUACAACUGUAGCCUUAACCAUAGUUCUAAUAAAAUAACUUAAUAUGUUUAGUGAAUUUGACAAGUAUCAAAUAUCUGUCAAUGUUAAGAGGCCAGCACAGCAAUCUCCUAAUCAAUUGGCAUCUCAUCGUAGUGAUCAAACUCAAACCACAACUCCAAUUACAUUAACUCGUCCUCGUGAUGGUGAUGGUUCUAAUUCUGGCAGUUCAACACAAUGGUGUGAUGUAUAUGACACACAACUAUUGCAACCAGGUCGAACAUAUCAAGUUCUUGUAAAGACAGUAUCUGGAAAAGUAGCUUCAUGGCCAGCUUCAGUGAAUGUUACAUUAAGUAUGUCUGUGUUUUUACAUAUUAAACAACUAUUAAAGUUUAUAAGAAAAAAGGUGUAUUUAACUAAUAAUUGUUGCUGUGAUACUUGCACAGAUUACCAAUAAAUACACAAAAAAGUACCUAUAUUAUAAAUAAUUAGGACUUCUAUUAAACUAGUCUCAAAUCUGCUUAUAUAGUUCAAAACUAUCUUAUUAAAUAUAUAUUUUCCAGGUUAUAAUAAUGGGGGAGUACCAAUGUAAAAAACAAUUACAAAAAUAGUGUAAUUGUAUUUUAUGUUUUUUUAAAUAAUUAUUUUCUAUACAUUUAUUUUAUAGAGCCAUUGCCUGUGUUGGAUUUGAAAAUUAUUAGUAGUGGUAAUUCUAAUGGAAAUGAAGAUGGAGGUGGUGGUAUAUUACAAUUGACAUGGAAGGCUGAUUCUAUGAGUUGGCAAGAUGCAUAUCAAGUGAGCUAUGCUGAAGUGCUUACAGGAUCUUUGUCAUCUUCUUCCUCCGCUUCAGAAUCUUUAAUUGUGUCUUCAGUAUUAUCAUUGGGAAAUAAUCAAUCACAAAAUAUUUCUUCACGUCAACAAUCUGCUGUUGCUGCAUCUGCGCCUAUUACUGUAACAACAUCUACUGAUAGUAAUGUUUUAGUAGUGCAAGCUACAAGAGAGUCAAUUGAAGAUCCAUCAACUCCAAUAGAGUGUACUUUGGAAUCUUUAUUACCUGGUCGCAACUACUCUGUAUCUGUCCGGUCACUGAGUUCAAGUGUUGCUUCUAAUGACACAAUUGUAUAUCACACAAUGAGUAAGUAAAAUAAUGUUUAUUGUUUGUAAUACAUUUAAAAUACAUAUGUAUUAGAUUAACUAUUUAAUUUAAUUUAAAAAAAAUUGUAUAGAACCAUCAGCACCAAUUAUUGAAGAUUUAAGGCCAACGUUGGAUUAUGGAUUAAAUGUAUCUUGGAAAACAGAUGUAAACAGUAGACAAGAAAAUUUUCAAGUGGUGCUUCGUCGCAAUGAUACUGGUUUGUUAAUAAUAAAAUAACAAUAACUAAUCAAAAUCAUGUUUACAUAUUUGUAAUACGCAUGAUUAGUGCUUAUGUCUAUGUCAUGCCAUUCUUAUCUGACUGUUCAUGAUUAGUAAUAAUUUGAUUGUUUGAAUCCAAACAAUUUAAUUGUACAAUUAAAUACACACAUGACAUAAUAUACUUUUGAACACUUAUAUUAUAUAAAUAUAUGAGUAAUUACAUACUAAUAUUUAAAUAUUAUUAAAUUAAAGAUACUCAAAAGUUAUUUUUGGAAUAAAAUAUGUACAUAAAUACUUAAAAUGUAGAAUAUAAUAAUUUUUAAGUUACUUUGCUUCUCAUUUGUAUUUGUUUGGAUUUAAUUGUACUUGAUAUGGAGUUUGAUCAGAUAUGUCACCUUAAAUCUUAAGAAAUAAAAACCAUUAAAUCACCAAUUAUAUUUUAAUAUCAAUAUUUAUGAAAUUAUGUAAUAUCAUGUAAAAAUAAUUAUAGGUUAUUAAAAUCAUUUUUCGAUUUAUUAUACAUUUAUAUAUAUUAUUUAUAUAGAUGAUAUACCAACAGUAAGAAUAACCAACGAAUGGCGCAUGGGUUUAAGAAAUUUAUAUCCCGGAGCGGCUUAUCAACUCAAAGUUUUUGCAAUAAGUCAUGGGCUUUUGUCUGAACCUCACGAUUAUUUCCAAGCUGUUUGUAAGUUUAUGAUUAAUAAUAAUUACUACCAAUUACUUAAAAAAUAUAUUAUUUAAUGACUGACAUAUAAUAAAACAUAAAAUUAUAUUUUGAUUUUAGUUCCUAGACCUCCUACUGACCUUCAAGUGGAAAAUAUUACUGCUGCCUCAAAUAUGGGAUCAAAUUCUGUUUUAUUAAAAUGGAAUGGGCCCACUGGGGAAGGACUGUUUACUGAAUAUUCAAUUAAAUAUCGUACUAUUGAUUCAAAUGGUGGCCAACAACCAUGGAUUAGAUUGCCUGGAGUACAAACAACUGAAGCAGAAAUCGCAGAUAUGAUGGCUGGACAGCGAUAUACUAUACAAGUUAACACACAAACUUAUGGAUCUCUAGAAUCACCAUAUCCACUAUUGGUUAAUUAUACAAUACGUUAGUACUUCAAAUUGUUUAUUAUUAUUAUUAUUAUUAAUUUGUAUGAGGAUUAUUUAAAUUUAAUUUGGUUAUGUAUGCAUUUUUUCUAUUAGGUCCAAAUCCUGUGAGUAAUAUUGCUUUACUUGUAGACGCUACAAACUUAACUAUACAGUUUCCUCGUCCAGAAGGUUUAAUAGAUUAUUAUUCUGUUGAGUACACUCUUCUUAAGCCACCUUCACAAACAGAUCAAAAUCAAACUUCUGCUCCCAUAAAUUGGACUACAGCCCCUACUACAUGGACAACUUCUAGCGGAUGGAAAAAUUUUACAGAUUCUGGUUAUUCUAGUGGAAUCGCUAUCGUCAAUUUAGGUUUAGAAGAUUUAAUUGCAGGCGCUGGUUAUGCAUUACGUGUGCGUACAUGUUCACAUUCUAUGUAUAGUGAUCCUGUUCAUUUAGAAGCACAUACAAGUAAGUUAAUUGUAUAAAUUACUUAUUUGAAUUGCAUAAUUAUAAUAAGGUUACUAAUAAAGUAAAUACUAGGGCUUUUGAAUAGGGUACUAAAAAUGUGAAAAAAGGCAGAAAAAUCAUUUAAUUUUUGUAAAAAUCAAUUAAAAAGUGUAAUAGAUUAAUGUAAAAUUUUACUAGUUAGUAUUAUAAAAAAAAUUAACUGCUAUAUUUUUACAAAAAUUUUCUUUUGAAAAAAAUGGUUUGUACUUUAAAUAUUUUUGUUCAUAGAGAAUAAUCUUUUAUAAAAGUUAAAUUAACUUGCUAUACCAAAUAUUUAAUACAAUUUGAUAAAUAUCAUCUAUAAUAAAACUCAUUCAAAAUAAUUUUAAACAUAAUAUCAACAAGUUUUUUCAUAAGCUCUUUUCGAUUUGUACUAUUAAUAUGUAUUUUAAACUAUCAGAUCAAUUGAAAAUUAUACAUAAAAAGCAAAAAGACAUAUUUAUAAAUAAAAAAAAAAUUCAUUCAUUAUCUUAGAUAUUAUAUGAAACACAUUUUUGAAUACAAAUUAUUUUUCUGUCAUUAAAAAGCUUUUGCUUUCAAAUCCGAGCCCUAGUAAUAACUAUUAAUAAUAUAUAAAUAUUUUCAUACAAAUUAUUUGGCUCCAUAGAUUUCUCUAUAUUUUAAAAUAAUUUUUAGUUCUUUUUGAGCAUUUACAUUUUAUAUAAAUAUGUUUAUUUUUCACUUGAAACUUAUCUAAUUAUUUGAUACCUCUUAACUAUAAAGUAACUGAUCAUAUUUUUUUUACACAUGUUAUUCUAAAUUUUUUUUUUUUUAAUUUGCCAAUAUCAUGGCAAUAUGUUUGUUAGUGAUUUAUUUUUUUUGUUCCUUUAUUCUUUUUUUGGCAUGUUUUACUUUAUUCUGGUUAUACACCAGAGAGAAAUGUAACUGUUAUAAACAGGUUGAAAUACAUAAACAAAUACCUAUCUUUUUGCUGGGACAUUAUUAUUUUAUCUAUUAUUAUAGAUGUCACUGUAUACCAUUAAAUAAUUAAGCAUUAUUAAUAUUAAUAUUUCAGUGCCAUUGAUUUUAUCUGAAAUAUUAGCUGUAAAUGAUCAGCAGCUUGCUACUGAUACAUUAACUUUGCGCUAUACACCUACUCCACAAACAGCUAGUCGGUUUGUCAAGUAUCGGUUUCAAUUAGCAGAAGCUCAUCAACAAUCAUAUACACUUUCCACCAUGUAUCAGACUGCUGCUACCACUACUUUAGACCCAGGAACUGCAUUAAAUGCAAGUAAAAAACCAUCAGAAUCGCCAUUAGUUGCAGAGAAGUGGGCAUCAGAUAAUGAAUGGAAAGUUACAUGGCAAUCCUUAGUUCCUGGUCGUUUAUAUGAUAUAACUGUAUGGACUGUGUCAGCAUAUGGUAUUCUUAGUCAACCUUUGCGUCGUCAAGAUCGCUUAUGUAAGUUAUAUAUUUAAAUGUUACUUCAGAAAUCAAGUUGUACUAAAAUAUGAAUAUAUAAAAAAUGUUACACAAUACAACACAAUAAACAUUUUUUACUCUCAAUGAUUCUGGUUUGUAAUCUGUUAAACUGUUAUUUUUAUUAUUUGUUCCCAGAUCCAGAACCCAUUACUGAUUUGAAUGCUACACAUAUUACUCGUGAUUCUGUACAUCUAGUAUGGACAUUACCUCGUGGACAAUUUGAUGCUUUUGAAAUCCAGUAUUUAGAUACUGAUGCUUCAAUUAUUUCUACAGCUUCAUCUGUUACUAGUUCAUAUUCAUUGUCUUCAUCAUCCUCCGAUGGAGGAGGAGGGUUUCUUGUACAAAACUUGACAGAUAAACCAUGGUUUUUAGUACAGGGUCUUCGGCCAUAUCGCAACUAUACAUUUACUGUUGUAGUUCGGGCUGGUGGUGGAGGUAUUUUGGGAUCUCUAUCACAACAACAGUUAAUAAAUAGUGGCACAGGAGGUUAUGCAGCUUCAUUAUUACUGAGACGUUCAGUUCCAGUUUCUGGUACUUUUAGUUCAUUAGAGUGGGUUCCUGGUCGUUGUUCACGUUUUCAGGCAGUAGAUGUACAACCUGGGCAUCUAACAUUAGAAUGGACAUUACCAGAGUCUGAGCAUAAUGGUGUUCUUUUGCGGUAUGUAGUUUCGUGGACUGCUAUAUUAUCUUCUUCAUUGUUAGAUGGCACACCUACAUCUACAAAUACUGCAGUUCACCUACAAAAUAGUGAAGAAGAACAUUUGUUAGGUAUAAAUAGUUUACUUAAUAACAAUGGGGGAUCGUUAAAUGGCCAGCAAUCUAUUGGAUCUGAAGUUGAAGUCAGUGAAACUACUAAAACAGCAUACUAUGAGCCUUGGAGAAAUAGAGCAACAGUGAAAGGUCUGAUACCAGGUCGUCAAUAUAUAUUCAAUAUCAGUGGUGAGACACGCAUUGGCCGUGGUUCUGUGGCUAGUUUGGAGCAACGAAUGCCAAUCCUUGGUAAAGUAACCUGUUUAAAUAUUAAAAUGCCUGAUACUCAAUUUUACUUUGAAAUGUUUUUUUUUAUAGCACCUCCUAAACCGAGUGCCCAAGUAGUACCAACUGAAGUAAGUAGGACUACAAAUACUAUUCAAGUACGCUUUCGAAAGAAUUACUUUGGUGAUCAAAAUGGUCGGGUUGUUGCAUACACUUUGAUUGUGGCUGAGGAUGACUCCAAAAAUGCUAGCGGUCUUGAAAUGCCCAGUUGGCAAGACGUACAAGCAUAUUCAAUUUGGCCACCUUAUCAGGUAUAAUACAUAAUAAAUUAAUAAUAAAUAUUUUUAUUGUAAAAAUAUCAGAUUUUAAGUAUUUUUCCCUGUCACAUAACUAUCAAACACGUUUAAAACAAUCGGUAUAUCUGAAUAUGCCAGUAACCCAUAAAGAAUUUUGGUAGAAAAAUAGUUUUCAUUAGUUGUUAUUCAAUUAUGUUUUAUGCUUAAUAUUUAUUUAUUAUUAUAUAAAAGUAAAUAUUAUUAUUAAAAUAUUUAAAAGAUUUUAAUCUAAAUCAUAUUACAUUAUAAUAACCUUAAAAGAUUUCCUUUAAUUAUAUUUUCUUUUUUUUAUUGUUUUAUUAUAUAUUGUGUUUUGUAUUAAUUAGUAUUUAAUUGAAUAUUUUUUAUAUUAAAAUGUUGUACCAAACUUGCCGCACUCACCACAAGUUACACUUUUGGGGCAGCGCCAAAAAGUUCAAAUUUGUUGUUAUAUCUGUUUAUCUGAUUAUUAUUUUUGAUAAUAAAAAAUAUAUUAUUAUUAUUAUUAUAAUAUUUAUUUAAGGUUCUUGAUCCAUACCACCCAUUUUCAACAAAUAAAACUGUUGAAGAUUUCACAAUUGGACAAGAUAUACAUUGUAGUACAAAUUCAUUAAGCCGAGGAAAAUUACUUUCAUCACAAUAUUGUAAUGGACCACUAAAACCUGGUACAAUAUAUCGUGUUAAAGUACGCGCUUUUACAGCAAAUGAUAAAUUUACUGAUACAAUGUUCUCAUUUCCAAUACAGACAGGUAUGAUAAUUACCAUAUUAAAUCUAUAAUAGUUCUUGAAAAACAUAAUAUAUUGUUAAUUUUUCAGACCAAGACAAUGCCUCAGCUCAAACUUCAGCCACAGCUGUUGUAUUGUCUGUUGUUGUAGGAUUACCAGCCGCUUUUAUUUUAAUUGCUGUUUGUGCAGCAUUAGCGACUGGAAGUGGCCGUAGUCGCUGGUUUUUGUGUGGUAGUGAUAAAAGUAAAAUAAUGAAAAACUCAACUAGUGGUGCAAAAAGACAAGCUGGGACAGGUCAACGAAGAAUUACAGGAGGAAAAUUUUUAGAUAAUUCAUCUGCUAGAAAUUUAAAUGGUGGCCGGGGUGGAGGCCGUGGAAGUGAUAUGAUAAAUUCCUCUAAUGUUCAACAACAACAACAACUGUCGUGUGAUUUACAAAUAAGGCAUGUACAUUUAUGUGUUUUAAUUAUUAUAAUUUUUGAUAAAAUAUUUAAUAUGAUUAUUUUAUUUUAGGACAGUUGGUAAUUUUUUUUAAUGUAUGUAAUAGAUAUAUUAUUUAUUUAUUUAUUUUGUAUAGCUUUAAAUGCAUCAGUAAUACAAUUAUAAUAACAUAAAUUAAUAUAAAUAAUAUACAUGAUGCAAUAUUUAGUAUUUACAAUCAAUGAACAAAUUAAUAGAUUGUAAAUAAAUAAUAGCAAUAUUAAUAAUACUAAUAACAAUAGAAAUAUAAAAUCAGCAAUAUUAAAUAAUUGCAACAAUUCAUUAAUUUUAAACAGGCUAUAUAAUUACAGUCGCAUAUCUAAGUUCUUGAUCCAUUCCAUGACCUCUGAUGUUUCAUGAAUUCCUUUGUUACCCAUGUAAAAUUUCCUCUCCUGUAUUCCAUGAUAAUAUUUUUUAAAUUUGUUCUUAUUACCACAGUCACAUAAUAGUAAAACUUCAUGACUGGUUCGUAGCCUAUUUACUACUGAGUACUUAAGCCUGGACAGUUUUAUCCCAUUAACUUUUUAAUUGAGAUCUAGCACCAAAUUCUUGCUUAUUAUAUUAGAGUGAGUCCAUUCAUCAACUGAUUAGUAGAGUCAAAUUGUAUUAUUAUCAGUUUCCUAGUUGAUGUUCAUAGUGCUAUAGUGGUGGUUUUCUAGAUUUUAAUCUGAAAGUGGGUCUAUCAUCUAACAUUUUCUAUAUUACUGAGGGUUUCAUAUCCUUUACUUAUUGAUAUAAUAUAUUCAUUAUAAAAGUAUUUGAUUUGUAUAUAUUUAUGUACCCUAGUAUGUAACCUAUUUAUUACACCAAAACCGAGUAGGAUAAUAAUUGCAAAUAUACUUAAAGAAUAUUAAUGUAUUUUUAGAUAAUUUUAUAUUAUAACUAAUUACAAAUAAUAAAGAACUAUCUUUGAGAAAUAUGAAUAUUUUUAUUUUUUUGAAAAUAGUCGGCCUGUAAGAGUGGAUAGAUUUGUGGAACAUUAUGCUCAAAUGUCAGCAGACUCAGAUUUUCGAUUUUCUGAAGAAUUUGAAGAUUUGAAACAUGCAGCGACUGCUGCUGCAACUAAUGGUGGUACAACUACAACAGCAGCUGAUCUACCAUGCAAUCGGCCUAAAAAUAGGUUCACUAACAUUUUGCCAUAUGAUCACAGUCGAUUUAAAUUACAACCAGUGGAUGAUGAAGAAGGAUCUGAUUAUAUAAAUGCUAAUUAUGUUCCGGUGAUUAAAACCCAUAUAUUUUAAUAAUUGAUAAAUAUAAAUUAUCAUUAGGGUAAGACCUUUAAAUUUAUUGCAAACUCUAACUGGUUUUUUGUACUUCUAACUGUGAUUUUAAUUUUAUGGUAUACAAAUAAUAAAAACAAGAAUUGUCAGUAUAUUGGAUUAUAUUAUUCAUUCAGACACUACCAUAAUAAUUUAAACUUGAACAAUUUUUAUUUUAGGGUCAUAAUAGUGUACGAGAAUUUAUCGUUACCCAAGGACCAUUACAUUCAACUAGAGAUGACUUUUGGCGCAUGUGCUGGGAAAGCAAUGCUAGAAGCAUAAUAAUGUUAACUAGAUGUGUUGAGAAAGGUCGUGAAAAAUGUGAUCAUUAUUGGCCAUAUGACACCCAUCCUGUUUAUUAUGGUGACAAUAUAUGUGUCACUUUAUUAAAUGACACUCAUUAUUCAGAUUGGGUGAUAACUGAAUUUAUGGUUUGUCGGGUAAGAAUUUAUUGAAUUUAAGAUAAUUUAUGUUAAGGUUUAGGAAAUAUAAUUAAUACAAAUAAUCCAAAAUUGUGAAGAAUAUUUAUUUAAUUUUAAUUUUUGAGUAUAGCGAGGUAUAUAUUGGUUAUACUUUGAUUUUUUAAUUUUAAUAACUUCUAUUGGAAAUCAACUAUAGCAAAUAUUAUAUAGUUUGUGCAUUUUUUUUAUAAUUAAUUGGAAAAAAUAUACCCAAUAACGAUUUCCAUUAUUUUAUUUUUACUUAGUUGGUCUUUGUAAAUUUAAAUCCAAUUAAAAAUAAUCAUACAGACCUAUAAGUUUAAACAAUACUUAUAUUUUCCUUUUUUAGAAGUGGUAAAAUUGUUAUAACAUUCUAGGGAUAUUUGAGUUAUUUCAAAUUGUCAAGGUUUUUUAAUUGAUAGCACUAUUUCCCCACUCAAACAUUCUAGGUGGUGGCAUACCUUAGAUCAUGUACAAUGGUAGAGCUAUAAGCAAUAAAACGUGUCACCAACAUAUCAAGAAGGCAUCUCACUUUUGUGUAUGCGCGAAGUACUGUUAUCAAUCUUAUCACAAUCUUCUUAAUAGAAUAUCAUUGUACUAUAUCCACGAAUGUAUAAAACAGCUAGACAGCCGACUUUGAUAUUAUUAUUGUCGCCAACAAAAUGGACACCAUGCUUAUCUAAGAGGUGAAUGUUAAUGUUUUACAGUAUUGAUAAGAAAAGAUGUUAUAAUAUGCCAUGUGAUAAUAUGCUAUGCCCUAUAAAGGGUUAAAUAUUAUGUACAUUGUACACUGUACAGUAAAGUUCUGAAAUAGCAAAAUAGCGAAAUAGUAUUAGUUUAAUUUGUAAACAUUCACCUCUUAGAUAACGAUUGGCAGCCAUUUUGUUGGCAACAUUAUUUUAUACGUACAGACCGUAGCAGACGGCUAUCUAGUUGUUAUAUAUAUCUGUGAAUGUAAAAUAUACAUCCGAAUAUCCAAUAUAGGUUUUAAUGGUAUUAUGAAGUGGGUGACAUAUGCACAGUAGCUACAUACUUUUGAUAAUAUCCACGAUUUAAGAUAGUAUUAUAUUUUAAGAUAGACUAUCUUAAGUCUUGAUAAUAUCAUAUUAUAUUGGCAACAUAUUCGUUUCAUAUGAGGUAUAGCUGUAGCUCUAUCAAUUGUAUAUAAUCUAAGUGGCAUACUGUGCUGUUGGCUACGUGAACUUUGACGCGUUUUCAUUGAGACAUGAGUUCCUUUCUCCUGGAACAAAGUAUCCCAACUUUUUAUUUAUAACAGUGGGACAUCCAUAUUCAGCACUUCAGCUCUUUUUUGGUUAAUUGUUACGUUUGAUAAAAUAAAAUCUGUUAUAUUACAUAUAGAAUGAUCAAAAAAGAGUUAUAAGACAUUUUCAUUUUACUACUUGGCCUGAUUUUGGUGUACCAAGUCCUCCACAAACUUUGUGCCGGUUCGUCCGUGCUUUUAGAGACCGGCAUCAUGCCGGUGCAACUAAUAUAGUUGAACAACAUCAACUUCAAUUGCAACAACACCAUCGUCCCAUAAUUGUGCAUUGCAGGUAAUAUAAAUUAUUUUACAUUUUAACCAUAUAUAAUAAUAUUUUACUUAUACUAGGUAGUUAAUAAUUUAUUUGUUUUAUUUUACUGGCAUACAUUAUAUAUUAUAUUUUAAUAAAAUCAGUAACGGCUUUGGUUCAUAUCGAGGUUCAUAUCCUAGAGGGAGAGAGCAAUUUCAUAGUCAUUGUACAUUAUGGCUUAAGUAAUUUCUAGUUUUUAUGGUAAACAUUUAGUUUCCUUAUUAGUUCUAUAGGUAUCCAGAAUAGUUUUGAUUGUCGUAAAUAUUUUUUACAGUCGUAUCAUGUCCUAUUAAGAAGAAUUUAUAACUUAAAUAAGCUAUAAAUAGAACAGGUACCUAUCUAAUAUUAAUAAAAUAAAGUGUUAGUCUGUUUAUUUUUGCGUGUUCCAUAACAAAGUUAAGAGCAUAUAAAAUUUACACACAGAAGCAGAUUAAAGGUUCCAUAUACACUUUGAAACCAGAUUUCUGAAAUUGUACGUGGGCACAUUUUUAUUUUUUUGAUAUAGCAUGAACAUUUUAUCUCGUCAUGGUUAGGCACCACAACAGAUAAAAACUUAUUUGAUUAUUAAAUAUUUCGUGUGGUGCAGCUGGUAAUUUUAGCAUACCUUAUAUUUUUUCGGUUGUAUUUAGACAUCCAUACUUAUUUUUUAUCCACAUUGCUCGGAAUCAAUUAGGUCAUAGUAUUAAAAGGUUAAAUUUCCAUUUUUUUGUCAAUUUAGUUUGUCAUUAAGGUAGGUUGCAUAAUGCAUAUGCGGGUGAUAAUGUUUAGGAGUAAUCUGACCUAUAUGUCCCCUAAUUUUCAUUGCUGGAUAAUAAAACUAUAAAAGCGAGAUUUGGAUUAUUUACAAUCUUAUGUAAAAAUAAACUUUGAAUGAAGUGUAUGACAGUAAAUAAUAUAUUCAUAAAAAAAAAAUAAAAUUAUUUAAUAUAAUAUUGCACAUUUCAGCGCGGGGGUUGGGCGGUCUGGUACGUUUAUAGCCCUGGACAGGGUUCUGCAGUCACUCAAUGACCCCACACAAGUGAACAACUAUAUUGACGUUUAUGGUAUCGUGUAUGCCAUGCGCAAGGAACGCGUGUGGAUGGUACAAACCGAGCAACAGUAUAUAUGUAUCCAUCAGUGUAUCGUGUGCAUCCUUCAGCAGAGCAACGGCGGCGGUGGUGAACAGCAGGAGCUGCUUGACCAAGAUCAACAGGAUUUGGAACUGAUGAAUAGCGCAACGGCGGGCACCAUGCUCGCUCACCACAACCGCGCAUUCGAAGGUACGUCGUCGCUACUUGUGUUUAGCUCAGGGACGACAGCGUUUAUUGUGCGGUGCGGCGUCCUAUGGAUAAACGCCGCGGUCACCAACGGCCUGCCUGCGGUGGUCGGGGGCUUUUGGUCCAAGCACAGCGGCGGCGGAAAAAAGUCGACUGGUGUCGAACCAUCCGCCGUUGUUGCUGCCGCUCAUAACACUGUUACCGCCUUAAACACAAUUGUCACAACGAAACACUCCUAUAACAAGCCUUGGUGGUCUCUGUGGUGGAGGCGGAAAUCUGGGUCAAAUAACAUUAGUGAUAUUUAUCGCCUAUGAACAAACAAUAAAAAAAAACCUACAGUAUUGAACUCCUGUGAUAAACUGAUUAAAUUUUAGUUUUAUAAUAUUAGGAUUAGGUAUAGUCCUGCCAGAACAGGUUGAUAGCAGUAUAGAAGUGGUUGCAGCUGAUGAUGACAUCUUUGAUGGUUGAAACCAUAUUAUAUUGUUAUGAAAUAAAAGUGAGAAAUUCAUUGUGUGUGUUUUGAAUGUGUGGUGUGUGUGUGACUAAUACCCUUAACCAUUGGACUGAAUUUUUUUUUUUACUAAAUAUAAUUUGUAUACUCUAUGUGUGUGACAUAAGACAUAAUCCCCUAAGAUGAAAUCAAAAUUAAAAUCUCGUCCUUUGUUUUGUUGAUAAAUAAUAAUAUUAUUUAUUAAAUUGUAGUUUAUAAUAUAAAUAUAAUAUUAAAAUUUUUAAUUUUUUUUUUUUAUUGCUGAGAGAGAGAAGGAUAACUUUUUAAUGGUAUGUAGAAUAUAUGAUAAUAAGAGUGACAUUUGUUUUUGAAUUAUGUACAUAUUGUCAUGUUAAAUUUAAAGGCACCAUGUAGUAGUUUUUAUUAAAUUGAAAUCCACGCUCUAUGGGAUUAUUUAAAAAGUCAUUAAUAUUAAAAUUUUAUAAUUUAAUUUUAUUAAUUGAAUGAAUAAAAUAAAAUUGAAAUUAAAAAAAAAAAUACAACAAAGUAUUCAUGGUAAAUAAUACAAUAAAGUAGUACUUAUAUUUAAUAUGAUGCCUUUGAAUUCAACAUUGUGAUACUUAAUGUAUAUGUACCUAUUGUAAUUAGUAAUUUUGGUAAAUAUUUUGUAAAAAAUGUAAUAGUGGUUUUCAGUACAUAUGUCAUAAAUUUUCUUAAACCUAAUGUAAACUAGGUUUUUUGAAUUCAAUUAUUUAGUAAAAAGCCAUGAAACUAAUACAAUUUUGAUAAUUUAUACUUUAUCUAUUUAUUUCAAGUUUCAAAUAUUUGUAAAUUUGAUCUAUUUUUUUAAAAAUUUUUUAUUUUAUUUAUAUAACUAGUUUAAAAUGAACCUCCUAAUAGUAGUUUUGCUUAAAUUUGUUUGAGAUGCUUGCCUUUGAUGUCAUUUUUAAUUAUUUUGUUUAACACCGCUUUGCUUUUUAUUAAAAUUUAUUGAUUUUUUAUUGCUAAAUUUCAGUAAAAACUCUUUACAUUUUUAGAUAAGCUAAAUAAUGAAUAGUUAUUGCAGUUGGAAGUUAAAAAUAAUUAAUGAUUGUCAAUGAUGUUGAUUUGCAUUAUUUUACAUAUAUUGAUUUAUGUUACAGAUGAUGAAGGUAUAGCAGAAUCAGGAAUGUAAUUUUAUGAAGCAACUGAAUUUUUUGGAACCAUAGUAUUUUUAUUUUUUUAUUUCUAUUUAAAAUAACCAUUUUUCACCAGAUAUAGAUUUACAAAAGUAUUAUAUUAUAACUACUUUGAUUUAGAAUAUUUUAUAAUGUAUUAUCUUUAAAGUAUUAAUAAUGACAAUUAUUAUUAUUGUGUUUAUAUAUGUAUUAAUUAUGAAGACUUAGCUGUAUUAUUUUUUAGAAUGUUAAUAGUAAUUUUUGAUUAAAUGGAGGAAAUAAUUCAACAUAAUUUUUAAUGACAAAAAAGUAUUAUUAUUUUUAUACAUUUUAUAUUAUAUUAUUUUCUUUCUGUCUUCUUUCUGUUAAAACAAAUAAAUAAUUUUUUUUACUAUACAAUUUUAUACACUAUUGUCAUAAUUACAGUACCUAUUCAAGAACUACCUAUUGUU